GAGAGCUGAUUUGACCACAGAGGGAUUGUUGUUGUUAUUGUUGUUAUUAUUAUUGUUGUUGUUUUGCGCAGAGAGCGGCCUGUGUGCGUUCACACACCGACAGUCAGAGAAGCUGAAAGCAGUCAUGUACGCCAGGACCAGCGCUGCCAGCGCACAUGGAGACUUCCAGGACAGAAACGGCGUCAAUUAUGUGACAUCGGCCGAGUCUUUCGGCCACUGCUCGCAGUUAUUCUGGAAGAAGGAUCCCAGCGACUCCGGACCGAGUUCGACCAUCAGCUGGUGUGAUCAGCUGCCUUCAUCCUCCUCCACACUCUCCAGCACCAGCCUGUCCUCUGCGUCUCUUUCUGGGUCCAGUCUCUCCAUGGACUCUAGAGCACCAGCUUCAACACCAGCACCGACAACUACGCUGUCAGACGACAUGGAAUCAGAUGAGAGGCCGUACGUCUGUGACCUUUGUAACUGUGCCUACAAGCACGCCAGCUCCCUGCUCAACCACAAGCUUACCCACAAGACUGGAGAUUUCAGGUGGGACUUUUGCAGCAAGCCCUACACAAACUACAUGUCCCUGCGCAACCACAUGCGAAUCCAUGGUCAGAAGCGUUACAUGUGUGAUCUCUGUGGAAAGGCCUUCCGCCUGGCCCGGUACCUUCGCAACCACCAGCGGAUUCAUGAUGAUGGACCAAACCGCUUUGACUGCCCCUCCUGCUGCAAGAGCUACAGGACCAUGCUGGAACUGGCUCAACACCGCUGCAGUGCUGCCGCGUCCAACCAGAACCGCUUCAACUGCCCGUCCUGCUUUAAGAGCUACCGAACCAUGCUGGACCUGGCCCAGCACCGCUGCAGCGCUGCGUCCAAAAACCAGGCUGGUGGCCGUCGUUCCAGUUUCUCCGUCGCUCCUCGCCGUCAGCAGCAGAACAACUCCACCUCCAUGAUGCAGCCUCAGCUUGGAGGCCAUACUCAGCAGGACUCUCUGCCCACCCACUGUGUCUCACCGCUGUCCCAGGGUGGGCAGGGCGCAGGUGUGGCCAGCCAGCCCGUUCCAGACCCCCACCAGCAGGGCUGUUCCACCUCGGUGUCAUCCCAGAACCAGGGCAGCCAGCAGAGCAUGAGGAGCUCUUCCUCCAAACACGCCACCUCCUCCAGCGCCACCCCGUCCUCCUCCUACUCCCUACUCCAACCUCUGGUGCCUGAGGUAAAGGAGAUGAGCUCGGGAUACACUAGGCUGAACGCCAACCCCAUGCCAAAGCACCAGGACGGUUUCAGUCUUGCACCCCAGCGGCCUAUCACCACCAUCAACCCCAUUGGCCACUCCCUCCAUGCAAAUGGCACUCCGACACUCAAGCCUACACCCAUGCCGCGCACCAUCCAGGCCAUGCCCUGGGAGCAGCGCUCCCUCUACAAUCAAUGAGGCGCCACCAACCAGGAGCCCCCUCCACCUCACGUCUACGCUCACGAGAGCCCCGCCCCCUCCCCCCACGUCAUUCCAACUAAGCUCAAGGCUGGCGUAACUUCAGAGACUGACACCCCUCCACAGCCUCCCCCAGCGUGGAGCGGUUGAAGUUGGGGAGGGCACCUGAGAACUAGUUGAGAUUGAUUACUGAGUAGUUAGGUUUAAAUGAUGUGUUGCCUUGAACCUCAUGUAUGAUCGAUGCCAUCUACUGGACAGAAGUUAAAAUGUUCUCCCGAACUCGUCCUUUCACCAAGAACUUGCCCCCUUGCCUCCAUUCUCCACUCUAGUUAUGAAUAUCUGUUUUCUCAGUAGUCUCUCAUCACUUUGGUUUGUGUGUCAUGAACACAGGUGGUCCAGAGGCGCCGCCUUCACAUUUCAGCCCGUCACAAGGAAUAUUUCCACUAAAAAACAAAACAAGUGAUUCUCCCUUCAGACUGAAAAGUUCUGAGCUCCACUCAAAGCUUCCCGAAAGGAAGUGAGCAGCAGAAGCUCUUCUUUUGCUCAGCACAUCAGUGUGCUGCUGUAUGAUGUCAUCAUGGUGUUUAACCUGCUUUAAUUCAUCUGAAUGACAGCAGGAAGGAAGCG